CCGUGGAAGCCAGAGCUUGUACUUAACCAGUUGCAGCUGCUCGACACGGACAGCGAGUACGAGCGCGCUACACCACCACCAGCUCAGUUGCGACAGACGACACCAUACAUACAAAGCUCUUCGCCGUCUUUAGGCUCAUCACCGUCAUGCCUACUACCGCUACAGCGCUUUACACAAGUUCGGAUAGCGCUACAGGGUGAGCAAUUGAGCGCGCGCCGACGACAGCGGCGCGCGCGAGGAGAGCGCGAUGAGCUUGACUGGGACAUAACACCAGAGGCAGAGAACCCACGACCCGGCGACGCUGCAUGGGUUACACCAAAAACUAUCCGCCAGAUUCAAGCGCAAGAGCCCUUUGUCUACACCGCGCUUCGUGAGCAUCUCCCACGCGACGUUGCUGCUGGCGUUAUUAAACACCAGCGUGGUGUCUCAGCAAUUGCGCGUAUCGCAGGGGGCUUACAGCGCGAGCUACACUAUACAGAGGCAGCGCAACUUGCUAAAGGCGAGCGCCGUCGUCGUAAACGUCGUGCUCUUGAAGCGGGCGGUGGACCUAUCUACUCGCAAGACGCGCGCUCAAUAGUACAACGCCGCCAGAUUAACGACGUCGCCCGCUUAGAACAAGAGCUUGCUACAAGAUCACUUCGUGAGGUAACAAUAAUUGCUAAUAAAUGGAAGCGUAUACGGCCUACAAUACGGAAUCAGGGCAAGAAAUACCUCAAGCGCGCAGCUAGUGGCGUCACAGUAAUGUGUGAUGCUACGCGCUGGCAGUACGCUAUCAAUAACUAUAACUACAAUACUAAGGCGCAAUACAAAUUGCAGCGCGUGCAAGAGGAUCGUAGCGUUAAGUAUAACGAGAGCGUGCUCACAACUGAUAAUACAGGGGCAGCAGAGGUAGCU